AUGAGCUACUACAAUUCAUUAGACGACCUGGUCUUGAGUUCGUCAACAAAUUUUUACAUAAACACCAGAUUCCACCAGAAUAUAGACUACUUAGACUACGUUCCACGGAAAUCAUCUUCGACGCGAGACCAGCUGCAGCUGCAACCACAGCAUUACUUACAAGACAACUCAAACUUGCUCAACUUUGUCAAGUACAUCAACUCAAACCCCGACUACAAAUACGGCAACACAUUUCUUUACCAGAGGCUUCUAAAUAUCUGCUGGAGACGUGUCUUUAAAAACCAAUUUGAUCUACCCGAGUUGAACCCUUUGACGAUCAACUGGGACAAGAACAGUGACAUUACAUGGCUAUUUGGACCAAGAGUCGAGUAUCCAUGUGAGAGUGGGGCACCAGCACUGACUCUGGACGCUUGCACAUCACCGUCAUCGUCAUCCCCACCACCACAACAACAACUCGGCACAUCCGUCCAAGAACCAGAGCUUGAACUUGGACUUGAACUUGAAUUGGAAGAUAGAAUGAGUGUAUCCUCAUACGACUCAGACUCUGAACUAGACCAAGACCAAGAUCAGGAUUUCAUCCACACUUCUUCACCGGCAGCAGCAGCUAGAAAGGACUCUACAUGCUCAACGCUGUCGACGUCUUCAUCAUACUACGACGCCAACGAAGAAGCACCAACCAACCAGAAACUCAAAUCGAUACUAAGAACAUCCACCAAUGACAAGAGACACGAGCCUCGAACAAAGAGGAGUGUAACUUUCAACUACAUUGUAAACACCAGGGAGAUCAUCGAUAACAUCUCAUUAGAUUACAAUUUCCUAGACCAGAAUUGCAUCUAA